AUGGAUGAUGUCCUCGUAACAGGUGCAACGCCACAGGAACAUGAUACUCGUCUCCAUCAUGUUCUCCGGGUUCUUCAAGGAGCUGGGUUGAGGCUGAACAAGGACAAGUGCAAAAUUGUACAAGAGCAGGUGAAUUUCCUUGGCCAUCGACUUGGUAAGGACGGCAUUCACCCUGACCCUGCCAAAGUAGACGCGAUUCUGCAAAUGUCGCCGCCUACAACGAAGGAGGAAGUCAAACGUCUGAUGGGGAUAGUCAACUGGCUUUCUCGCUUCAUACCACAUGCAGCUUCUACUGCAGCACCGAUCAAUGACCUGAUGAAGGAUGACACAGAGUGGACUUGGGGCCCAGCACAACGCACCGCGUUUCGACAACUCAAAACUCUGCUAACAACAGCCCCAACACUUGCAUACCACGACCCCAGAAAGCCAACCAUGGUCAGUGCUGAUGCCAGCAGUUGUGGUGUCGGUGGUUGCAUCCUGCAGAAGCAAACCGAUGAGUCUUGGAAGCCUGUCGCAUAUUGCUCCCGAAGCCUGACACGUGCAGAACAACGCUAUGCACAAAUCGAAAAGGAGCUACUGGCUGCUGUCUGGUCGUGCGAGCGUUUCUACAUCUAUCUCCGAGGUCUCCAAGUGACGCUCCAGACAGACCACAAACCCCUUGUAUCGCUCAUCGACCAAAAGGACUUGUGUGAUGCACCCCUGCAUUGCCAACGACUUCUAAUGAGACUGAUGAAGUACAACUGCUAUGCGUGGCCGGCAACUGAUGCAAAGCUAGUUGAAAUUGCAGCAGCCGUCAGCCAUGACCGUACUCUGACUGCCGUCAUUUCUUUCGUCAAAGAUGGAUGGCCAAAGUACCAGAAAGAUGUUGAGCCAGAAUUGAGGCGAUUCUGGGAAGACCAGGACAAUAUCAGUCUAGUUGGGGGUAUCCUCACAUAUGGUGACCGCAUUGUGAUACUACAGAGCCUGAGACGACAGAAGUUGCAGAGAAUUCAUGAGGGUCAUCAGGGCAUCUCAAAAAGCCGACUCCGAGCCAAUCAAGCCCUGUGGUGGCCGGAGUUGCGUCACCUCCACACAACAACUGCCAAAUCCGUGAUCAACUUCAUGAAGGCAACAUUCGCGAGAUACGGCAUCCCUGACGUGGUGUUGACUGACAACGGUCCUCAGUUUCUCGGUGAAUUCGACCAAUUCGCUCGUGAGUACAACUUCCAACAUCUUACCUCAAGUCCCCACUACCCACAGGGCAAUGGACAAGCAGAGAAGGCUGUACACAUUGCUGAGAGACUGUUGAGUCAAGAUGAUCCAGUCCGUGCUCUUAUGAUGUACCGGUCCACUCCACUGCCUAGCCUUGGCCAGAGCCCAGCAAGUCUCCUGAUGGGAAGAGAGUCGCGCACCAAUCUUCCAACCCUGCCUUGCAAUCUUCAACCCAAACAGAUCAACUACGACAAGCUAAGAUCUGCAGACACUGUCAACAAGUCGAAGAGCGCAUGUAACUUCAACAGACGACAUGGUGCCAGAGACUUGGAUCCAUUAACACCUGGAGACAGAGUGAAGAUAUGA